CCACGUGCUUUAUGUUUUAUAAACUUUAAAUGGAUGAAAAUAAAGAUAAUACUAACAGAAAAAGCCAUACAUUUAUUUAUAAUGAUGAAAAUGAGGCCUUUUGUUUCAUAAAACAACAUGAAUUAGAGUACACAGUUCGCUAUGCAACAUGGUUCACACCCAAAGGGUUUGGUAAUACAGAUGUUCAUAGUAAAAAGCACAAAGUGUUAUGGGAAAGUGAAGGAUGCUAUGCAAAUGUUCCAUUUAUGGUUUUAGCACGCAAGGUUUUGGAUUGCUCACAUGGAAUAGAUCGUAAUGAUGCAGCAAAGAAAGCAUACAAGAAUAAGACAAAAACAAAGAUAACUGAACACUCUUGUAUGAGGAGUUAUAUCAAUGUGCAGGACACAAAAAAAUUUGAAUGCCCAGCCCAAGCUAUUUUGAAGGAAAUUAUAUACUUCAAGGAUUACAUGCUUGCUGAACCCAACACAUGGAAAAAGAGAAAAAUUUCUUUAAAAAUAAAAAAUUUGCUCAAGAACAAGAGCGACAUUGGAUUCACUGAGAAGUGAAUUAAGCUAAUUAUU